GUAAGGACCUUGAAAGGAGGUUUUGCGGGGAGUGCCUGCAGCCCUGCCUCCAAGUGCCGUCCCCGCUCUGCCCGCUCUGCCGCAUGCCCUUCGACCCCAAGAAGGUGGAGAAAGCUUCCAGCGUGGAGAAGCAGCUUUCGUCCUACAAAGCUCCCUGCAGAGGCUGCAGCAAGAAGGUGACCCUUGCGAAAAUGCGCUCUCACGUCUCGUCCUGCGCGAAGGUGCAGGAGCAGAUGGCCAACUGCCCCAAGUUCGUUCCAGUUGUCCCCACGUCUCAGCCUAUUCCCAGCAAUAUUCCCAAUCGCUCGACGUUCGUGUGCCCGUACUGUGGAGCCCGGAACCUGGACCAGCAAGAGCUGGUGAAGCACUGCAUGGAGAACCACCGCAACGACCCCAACAAAGUGGUGUGCCCAGUCUGCUCAGCCAUGCCCUGGGGGGACCCCAGCUACAAAAGCGCCAACUUCCUCCAGCACCUCCUCCACAGGCACAAGUUCUCCUACGACACCUUCGUGGACUAUAACAUUGAUGAGGAGGCAGCGUUGCAGGCUGCCCUGGCGCUGUCACUCUCCGAGAACUGAGGGCGACCUGCGGAGCAUCGGUUCGGACCCCCAUUACACCCCCGUCUCCUUUUGCACACUCGGCCUUCCUGCUGGGGAGGCACGGAGCUCAUCAGUCCCCCGGCACCUCCGGAGACCCGCUGCCGCCUCUCCUCCCUCUCCUCUCUGGGCAAAUCCCACCUUAUUUAAGAAGGUGGAGUCUCUUUAGCGUCAGGCUGGACCGGUGAGCGAGCAGAGACGUCUGCUGCCGGGAGGAGAGAGGAGUGAGUGCCGAAGGGCUGGGAUCGUUCCUCCGUUAGGCAUUUCAUAUCCGUACAUGGAGUAUAUACCUGUAUCCAGAUCUAUUUAUUAUUAGCUGCUUUUUGGC